AUGCCCUUGGAAAAGCAAUUGGAGAUCGCCUGCGCUCAGCUCGCAGAUAUUCCGGAGCUUCGACAGGGAUUCAAUGCGUUCGGCGAAUCACAGGGCGGAAUCCUCAUGCGUGCCAUAGUACAAAAGUGUUCCCCAGGACCGAUCAACAACUUUGUGACCCUGUCUUCGCCCCAUCAAGGCAUUUACGGAAUCCCGAAGUGCACUGAGAGAGUGCCGAAAUUCCUGUGCUCCAUGAUCGUCAGUCUCUUCAGCCUCGACGUUUAUUCUCGCUUCGUUCAAGGCUUGUUGACGGCUGCUGAAUAUUGGCACGAUCCACUCAAGGAGGAUGAAUACCGACGAGCCUCUGCGUUUUUGGCUGAGCUCAACAACGAGAGAAACUUCAAUAUCGAUUUCAAACGGAAUCUCUCGAAGGUGAACAAAUUCAUCAUGAUCCGCAACACCGAAGAUGAAUUCAUAGUCCCAAAUUAUUCGGCUCAUUUUGGAUUCUUCGCCGAAGGUUCGGUCUCGGAGUUGGAAAAUUUCACGUCUACUCGGGUAUACAGAGAGGAUCUGCUGGGCCUCAGGACCAUGUCUAUGAACAACCAGCUGGUCUUCGAGAAUAUUCCCGGCGGCCACUGUCAUCUGAACUGGACAUGGUUCGAGGAAUUCACGAUCAAAUACUUCAAAUAAGACUUCAUCGUAGAUUGGAGGCGAUCUGAUGA